UCCGGCGCAGAGGGGCGGGGUAGGGCGCGCGGCUGAGCCUGCAGCUGGAGUAGCUACGGGGAGCGGCCCGGUGGCGGGCGGGCGCUUUACGCCAUGGAGGCCGUACCUCGCAUGCCCAUGAUCUGGCUGGACCUGAAAGAGGCUGGUGACUUCCACUUCCAGCCGGCUGUGAAGAAGUUCGUCCUGAAGAAUUAUGGAGAGAACCCAGAAGCCUACAAUGAGGAACUGAAGAAGCUGGAGUUGCUCAGACAGAAUGCUGUGCGGGUCCCACGGGACUUUGAGGGCUGCAGUGUCCUCCGCAAGUACCUAGGCCAGCUCCACUACUUGCAGAGUCGGGUCCCCAUGGGCUCAGGCCAGGAAGCCGCUGUUCCUGUCACCUGGACUGAGAUCUUCUCUGGCAAGUCCGUGGCCCACGAGGACAUCAAGUAUGAGCAGGCCUGCAUUCUCUACAACCUUGGUGCACUGCACUCCAUGCUGGGUGCCAUGGACAAGCGGGUGUCUGAAGAGGGCAUGAAGGUCUCCUGCACUCACUUCCAGUGCGCAGCAGGCGCCUUUGCCUACCUACGCGAGCACUUCCCACAGGCCUACAGCGUUGACAUGAGCCGCCAGGUCCUCACUCUCAAUGUCAACCUCAUGCUGGGCCAGGCCCAGGAGUGCCUUCUGGAGAAGUCCAUGCUGGACAACAGGAAGAGCUUUCUGGUGGCCCGCAUCAGUGCACAGGUGGUGGAUUACUACAAGGAGGCCUGCCGGGCCUUGGAGAACCCCGAUACCGCCUCACUGCUGGGCCGCAUUCAGAAGGACUGGAAGAAGCUGGUACAGAUGAAGAUCUACUACUUUGCAGCUGUGGCUCAUCUACACAUGGGGAAGCAGGCCGAGGAGCAGCAGAAGUUCGGGGAGCAGGUCGCAUACUUCCAAAGUGCCCUGGACAAGCUCAAUGAAGCCAUCAAAUUGGCCAAGGGCCAGCCUGACACGGUGCAAGAUGCACUUCGCUUCACUAUGGACGUCAUUGGAGGAAAGUACAAUUCUGCCAAGAAGGACAAUGACUUCAUCUACCAUGAGGCUGUCCCAGCACUGGACACCCUUCAGCCCGUGAAAGGUGCCCCCUUGGUGAAGCCCCUGCCAGUGAACCCUACAGACCCAGCUGUCACAGGGCCUGACAUUUUUGCCAAACUGGUACCUAUGGCUGCCCAUGAGGCCUCAUCACUGUACAGUGAGGAGAAAGCCAAGCUGCUUCGAGAGAUGAUGGCCAAGAUUGAGGACAAGAAUGAGGUCUUGGACCAGUUCAUGGACUCCAUGCAGCUGGACCCCGAAACAGUGGACAACCUUGACACAUACAGCCACAUCCCGCCCCAGCUCAUGGAGAAGUGCGCAGCUCUCAGUGUGCGUCCCGACACUGUCCGGAACCUCGUCCAGUCCAUGCAAGUGCUGUCUGGUGUGUUCACCGACGUGGAGGCCUCUCUGAAGGACAUCGGGGACCUGCUGGAGGAGGAUGAGCUGCUCGACCAGAAGCUGCAGGAGACAGUGGGCCAGGUGGGGGCCGGCAUGGCGGUCUCCAAGGCUGAGCUGGCAGAGGUGAGGCGAGAAUGGUCCAAGUACAUGGAGGUCCACGAGAAGGCCUCCUUCACCAACAGUGAGCUGCACCGUGCCAUGAACCUGCACGUUGGCAACCUCCGCCUGCUGAGCGGGCCUCUGGACCAGGUCCGGGCUGCCCUGCCCGUGCCUGCUCUCACUCCAGAGGACAAGGCUGUGCUGCAGAACCUGAAGCGCAUCCUGGCCAAGGUGCAGGAGAUGCGGGACCAGCGAGUGUCUCUGGAGCAGCAGCUGCGAGAGCUCAUCCAGAAGGAUGACAUCACCGCCUCGCUGGUUACCACCGACCACUCGGAGAUGAAGAAGCUGUUUGAGGAGCAGCUGAAGAAGUAUGACCAGCUGAGGGUGUACCUGGAGCAGAACCUGGCUGCACAGGACAACGUGCUCCGGGCGCUGACGGAGGCCAAUGUGCAGUAUGCGGCCGUGCGGCGGGUGCUCAACGAGCUGGACCAGAAGUGGAACUCCACGCUGCAGACCCUGGUGGCCUCCUAUGAAGCCUAUGAGGACCUGAUGAAGAAGUCCCAAGAGGGCAAGGACUUCUAUGCAGACCUGGAGAGCAAGGUGGCGGCUCUCCUGGAACGGGCGCAGUCUGUCUGCCGGGUCCGUGAGGCCGCCCGCCAGCAGCUCCUGGACAGGGAGCUGAAGAAGAAGCCACCACCGCGGCCGACAGCCCCCAAGCCACUGCUGCCCCGCAGGGAGGGCGAGGCAGGGGAGACGGGAGACCCACCCGAGGAGCUGCGCAGCCUGCCCCCUGACGCCUUCCUGGGAGCUAAUGCUGCGCUCCGCUUUGCUCCUGGCCCUUUCCCCAGCUCCGUGGCCCCAGGAGCCCACUAUCUCUCAGGCCCCUUACCCCUGGGCAGCUACUCAGGCCCCACACAGGUACUGCAGCCCAGGGUCCCCCAGACCCCAGGGCCCCCCGCACUGGCCAUGGCAUCUGGACCUGUUUACCCAGCCCCUGCCUACACACCAGAGCUGGGCCUUGUGCCCCGCUCUUCCCCCCAGCACGGGGUGGUGGCGAGUAGUCCCUACGGAGGGGUGGGGCCUCACCUCCCAGUUGCUGGUCUGCCCUCUGCCCCACCUCCCCAGUUCUCGGGCCCAGAGUUGGCGAUGGGAAUUCGGCCAGCCACCACCACGGUAGAUAGUGUCCAGGCUCCCAUCUCUAGCCACACAGCACCCCGGCCGAACCCCACCCCCGUUCCUCCCCAGCCCUGCUUCCCAGUACCGCCAGCCCAGUCACAGCUCAUGCUCUACCCCUACCCUCCGGGGCCCAAGCAACCCCUCACAGCACCCCCAGCCCAGCACUUUCCUCCUGGGCUCCCCACAGGUUUUCCAGCCCCAAGGAUUGGGCCCCAGCCCCCUCUUCACCCCGCACGAGUGGCCUUCGGGCCACAACCGCCCCAACAGCCUCUCGCACUCCAACACCCCCACCUCUUCCCAUCCCAGGCUCCAGGACUUGUAGCCUCCCAGCCACCCUACCCCUUUGCUCCUCAGCCUGGUGUCCUGGGGCAGCCACGACCCCCCCUACACAGCCAGCUCUAUCCUGGUCCCUCUCAGGAUCCCCUGCCCCCCCACUCAGGGGCUCUGCCUUUCUCUAGUCCUGGACCCCCUCAGCCUCCUCACCCUACUCUGGCAUAUGGUCCUGCCCCUUCCCCCAGGCCUCUGGGCCCCCAAGCAGCUCCUCUCUCUAUUCAAGGCCCCUCACCUGCCAGCCAGGCCACCCCUAGUCCCCACCUGGUGCCUUCACCCGCCCCGUCACCAGCACCCAGCCCAGUACCUCCUCGGGCCCCUGCAGCGGAGCCGCCCCCAAGCGUGCGCCGGGGCGCUGCGGCGGCAGACCUGCUCUCCUCCAGCCCAGAGAGCCAGCACGGUGGCACCCAGCCUCCUGGGGGUGGGCAGCCCCUGCUGCAGCCUACCAAGGUGGACUCGGCUGAGGGCUGGCGGCCACAGGCCCUGCGGCUGAUUGAGCGGGAUCCUUACGAGCACCCUGAGAGACUGCAGCAGUUGCAGCAGGAGCUGGAUGCCUUUCGGGGCCAGCUGGGCGACGCGGGGACUCUGGACGCCGUCUGGCGGGAGCUGCAGGACGCACAGGAGCAGGAUGCCCGCGGCCGCUCCAUCGCCAUCGCCCGCUGCUACUCUCUGAAGAACCGGCACCAGGACAUCAUGCCCUACGACAGCAACCGUGUGGUGUUGCGCUCGGGCAAGGACGACUACAUCAACGCCAGCCGUGUGGAGGGGCUCUCGCCGUAUUGCCCGCCCCUGGUGGCCACCCAGGCCCCUCUGCCCGGCACAGCCGCUGACUUCUGGCUCAUGGUGCAUGAGCAGAAAGUGUCGGUCAUUGUCAUGCUGGUGUCUGAGGCUGAGAUGGAGAAGCAAAAGGUGGCCCGCUACUUCCCCACCGAGAGAGGCCAGCCCAUGGUGCAUGGCGCCCUGAGCCUGGCUCUGAGCAGUGUCCGUACCACCGAGACCCACGUGGAGCGGGUGCUGAGCCUGCAGUUCCGUGACCAGAGCCUGAAGCGCUCGCUCGUACACCUCCACUUUCCUACCUGGCCUGAGUUAGGCCUGCCCGACAGCCCCAGCAACCUGCUGCAUUUCAUCCAGGAGGUCCACACACAUUACCUGCACCAGAGGCCCCUGCACACCCCCAUCGUCGUGCACUGCAGCUCUGGCGUGGGUCGCACGGGAGCCUUUGCGCUGCUCUACGCAGCCGUGCAGGAGGUGGAGGCGGGGAACAGGCUCCCUGAGCUGCCCCAGCUGGUGCGGCAAAUGCGGCAGCAGAGGAAGCACAUGCUGCAGGAGAAGCUGCAUCUCAGGUUCUGCCACGAGGCGGUGGUGAGACACGUGGAGCAGGUCCUGCAGCGCCACGGUGUGCCCCCACCGUGCAGACCCUUGGCAGGCACAAGCACCAUCCAGAAGAAUCACCUUCCUCAGGACUCCCAGGACCUGGUCCUCGGUGGGGAUGUGCCCAUCAGCUCCAUCCAAGCCACAAUUGCCAAGCUCAGCAUCCGGCCUACUGCGGGCUUGGAUUCCCCAGCUGCCUGCCUGCCAUGCCCUGUAGAGCCCCCAGGCCCAGGCCCGCUGCCAGCCAGCCUCCAAGAGUCCACCCAGCCCCCAUCCUCCUCCCCACCCCCCCUCUCUUCACCCUUGCCCGAGACCCCCCAGGCGGAAGAGGAGCAGCCAGUUCCUGAGGCCCCCAGCCUGGGGCCCCCUUCCUCCUCCCUGGAGCUGCUGGCCUCCCUAACCCCUGAGGCCUUUUCCCUGGACAGCUCCUUGCGGGGAAAGCAGCGGAUGAGCAAGCAGAACUUCUUGCAGGCCCCUAACGGGCAGGGGCUACGGGGUGACCGGCCCACUGACGAUCCCCUCAGCCUCCUGGAUCCACUCUGGACACUCAACAAGACCUGAGCAGGCUUGGCCCACUGCACCCUCACACCACACCGUCUUCGCCGGCUGGCGCCCAGUGGGGCCUUGAGGUGGGCCUGCUCUCUCCCCCCAUUCCCAGUCCAGCCCACACACACCCCUGUGGGGUGGAGCUGUGUCACAGGCCUUGGGUCGGGUUCUGCUCCUUGGUGGGAUCCGACAUUUUUCAGCUCUUGGCUGUUGAAUAAACUGACCUGUUCUGUG